ACACACACACACACACACACACACACACACACACACACACACACACACACAGGCUCCACCUCGCUCGGCGGGUGUGUGAAGAAGCCCGUUAUUUCAAGGUUAUCUCCUGCAGGAACCUGUCUUUGCGGAUCCUAUGGGAAUUCUGAUAACCGCAGUGCUCCUCUGGGCUGCAGUCGGAGUGGGAAGCCGGCCAGUAUCCUCUCCCCUCAAUGAUGCAAAGGUUGAAUGUAUUAUUCAGGAGACACUGAAUGAAGACGGGUCGCAUCAUGACUGCGGCCCACGGCUAGCAGAGGAACUGGAUGAGGUGCAGAGACAUCAGGGUCUGCUCGGGGAGCUGCAGAGGCUCGCUGACGAUGGUACGCACAAAUUCACUUUCACACGCCUAGAGCGAGAGCACGCGAAGGAGCGCUACGAGUACAAUCUCUCUGACGAUGAGAGCGACUUUGAGCAGGGCGACGAGGAGGAUAAACAGGAGGAAGAGGAGAGAGACCUGACCGACCCUCCAGAAGAGACCGAUGAAAAGGAGGAAGACACGAAAGAGGAAGAUGACACGAAGAAGAAGAAGAUAAUGGAGGAGCCACGCAUCGAACACAGAGGCAGCGACACAGAGGAGGAGCGAGCGAAGGAGCUGGAGGAGCUGCUGGCCGAGGAGAUCACCAAGAAAGGGAAGGAGGAGAGGAACGACGAGGAGCUGAAGGAACUGCUGAAAGAGCUGAAGAAGAAACGCUACGAGGCGGUGAAGGAGAGGGAGAUCCAGAAAAGCUCUGAGACACAGGAGGAGGAAACAGGGGAGAAGGAGGAGGAGAAAAAGAUGAAGAAGGGGGAAACUGAGGAGGACCUGGAGAAGCAGAGGAUCGAGGAGAGGAGGAAGAACGAGGUGGAGCUGAUGGUGGAGAGGGAGAAGGUCGAGAAGGAGCUGAAAGAGCUGCUCGGGGAGAAGGAGAGCAAAGGCAAGACGGAUCAGGAGAAGGAGAGGAAGGAGAAGCAGGAGGAGCUGGACGAGCUGGUGAGGAAGAUGAAACGAGUGCAGGAGGAAGAGGAGCAGGAGACGCAGGGCGGGAAGAAAGAAGAUGUCGAAGGCGUGGAUCAGAAGAUAGAGGAGAAGAAGAAGGAGGGCGGAGACGAUAAGGAGACCGGGGAGAAAGUGGAGAAUGAAGUGAAGAAAAAGGAGGAGGAAGAGGAGUUGAAGGAGCCGCAGCAGAAGAGGGUGAUGGAGAAGGCGAGCGAUGAAGCCACCAAGCAGUUCGAGCGGGAGAGGAACAAGGAUGCAGAGGAAGAGGAGGAGGAAGAGGAGGAGGAUGGAGGAGAUGAGGAUGAAUAUGUCAGGGAGGAUGAGGAGGGGCAGGAGGAGGAAGACGAGGAGGAGAGGGAAGUUGAAGAAGAUGAAGGAGAGGAGCUGCUGGAGAUUGAAGCAGAGCUGCGCAAAGUGGCUGCAGAGCUGAGGGCGCUUCGCAGAGGAUAAGACACACACACACACACACACACACACACACACACACACACACACACACACACACACACACACACACACACACACACACACACACACACACACACACACACGACAGACUGACAAAAUCCCUUUGUUGCAUCCACAGUCACACAUUCAGCUCACACAUUCUCCCUUUUCACAGCCUUCGAGUCCCCGCAGCACUCAGAGAUAGAGAUGUGUUCAGACGUGAACCUGCAAAUGGACAUUAGUAGAAACAGUGCUGUUGUUUCCAUCUCUGCUUCUAGACGGCCUGCAGUAGGCUUUCACCGUUUCCAAUCAGUGUUAAAAAGCUGUUUGAAAGUUAGACAGGUGAUUCACUACAGUCGUAAACCGCCAUGGAUGAAAAGCACUUUUAUUCAGAUUAUUGACGACACAUUCAUCCUCGCUGGUUGUUCCUACUGGGUAAAACAUACUCCCUACUAUAAGUAAUAUGUGUAUUUAAAUGUAUAUUUUGUGCAAUAACUGAUGUGUAAGCUGUUCUGACUGUUAACGACAUGUAUUACGAGGAGAAGUAAGUCUCCUCUUCUUCGUUUCCUUGAUGAUAAAGUAGAAACAAGGAUUGUGUUUCAUUUGGCUCUCGCACUGUUAAACUCAGACUGUUUGUGACGAACCGGAGUGACAUGAGCAAAAAAAAGAAAACACAGAGAGAGAGAGAG